GCCACAGAUGAUGACGAGGACGAUGCAGAAGCUCAGAGUAUCAUGCAGCUUCAUGGCCAGCCAGCGCAGGAAUCUUAUGAAGUGGACCCGAGGCUGCAGGCCGAAAGCAUGUCCCGGGUUCAUCGGCUUCAACAGGACCGCGCGGCUCUACUGGAGCUGCAGUUGCGUCAAGACCAGCAACUUGACGAACUACGUCGGCGGCUGCAGAGGCAUCAGGAGAAGGAGCUGGAACGGUUUCACCAGCAGCAGCAGAAAGAGCUCGAGGUGCUGAGGUUAGAGUCAGAAGCCUCGCAGUGGAAUGCGAUGCCAAGCAUGGAUCAAGAACAUGCCCAUGCAAGGCAUAGACAUGGCUCGCGCAAGAUGGGUCAGUGGCUACAGGAGAUUGUGGACAGCUCGAAGCUGUGA